AUGAAUGAAGAUUUGAAAUUUCAGGAAAAAUUAUUGGAAUUGGAAUUAUUGGAAUUAUUGGUUAAUUAUAUCGUAAAACUGAAAGGACUCGAGCAUGAUGAAGGAAUUAAGAAUCCAUUUUUGGAUUUAAAAGAUUUGAAACUCACAAAACGGAACAAAACUCAUUAUGCUAUAGAUGGAAUUUUUAAUGUGGUUCGGGAUAAUAUUGAAAAAGAAAAUUUUUUGGUAUCAAUAACUAUUGCUCAAAAAAUGGGCAACGGAUAUCAGGAUUCACCAUUAUUGCAAUUGAAAAAGCAAAACUUUUGCAGUCUGUGGGAAACUGAAAAAUUUAUUAUGCCACUAAUAAAAUCUAAAAUUAAUGAUACUAAUUACCAAUGCCCUCCAAAAGUGGUCAUUUACACAGUGAUAGAUGAAACAUUAGAAGAUAUAUGUACAGAUAGUAUAUAA